AUGACAAUUUAUAAUUAUAAAAAUUAUAAUAAUAAAAUUAAUGAAUCUACAGUUGAAUUUUAUAUUGAUGAUAAAGUUGAUGAAUCAGAAAAAAAAGGAUUAAAUGUUAAAAUUAUUACAGAUAGAUUAUUAAUUAGAAAUAUAACUAAUGAUAUUAAAGAUAGAGAAACUUUUUAUCAAUUAUUAUGUGAUCCAGUGAAUACAGUUAAAUAUGGCUAUGGAGUUCAAACAAAGGAGCAAGUUGACCAAGAUGUUGAUCAAUGGAUAGAAGGUUGGAAAAAUCAAGAUGUUUGUAAUGGUUUAAUGGUAUUUAAUAAAUUAAAUAAUGAUUUCAUUGGUCAUGUAAUGUUUAUGUAUGGUAAAGUUGAUGGUGAAGCUGAAUUGGCAAUUAUAAUAGAUAAAAAUCAUUGGGGUAAAGGUUAUGGUUCAGAAAUGUUAGAAGUAUUAGUACAUUGUAUGUCUGAUGCAAUUAAAAAAGAAAAUCAUUUAAUUUCAACCGGUCCAGGUUUAAUUGGAAAACCAUUAUAUACAAUUUAUGCAACUGCCAGAAUUGAUAAUUUUGGUUCUUUAUCAAUUAUUCAAAAAGCUGGUCUUAAAUAUUAUCAUCAAGAAAUGUUAUAUGGUUUUGAAAGAAAAUUUUUUAGAAUUGAUUUAUAA